AUGCGUCUUAAGUCUAUUAAGAACAUCGAGAAGAUCACCAACACCAUGAAGAUUGUUGCUUCGACUAGAUUGAACAAGGCCCAAAGAGCUAUGCAAGCUUCCAGAGUUUUCAACGAGUCCGACACUGAAUUCUACAAGAACACUGAACCAGAGAAGGAAGCUGACGCCAAAACUUUGUUGAUUGUCAUCUCCUCCGACAAGGGUUUGUGCGGUUCCAUCCACACUCAGAUCUCCAAGGCCGCUAGAAGAAGAAUUGAAGAGUUGAACGGCAAUGUCGAUGUUGUUGCUGUUGGUGACAAGGUUAAGGCUCAAUUGUCAAGAACCCACGCCGACCUCUUGAAAUUGGCCUUUUCUGGUGUUGGUAAAGCGGAGCCAACUUUCCACGAGGCUGCCUUACUUGCUGAUGAGAUUUCUACUUUGGGCAAAUACGAGAACACCGAAAUUUUGUACAACAAGUUUGUCAGUGGUGUUGCUUUCGAGCCAUCCAACUUUUCUGUGUUUGCUGCUGAUGCCAUUGAGAAGGCUCCUGGUUUGAGCAAGUACGAGUUGGAGUCUGAGGGCACUGCUGAAACUUUGUCUGAAUUUUCCUUAGCCAACUCUCUUUUGACCGCUCAAGCUGAAGGUUAUGCUUCUGAAGUUUCUGCAAGAAGAAAUGCCAUGGACAAUGCUUCCAAGAACGCUGGUGACAUGAUUAACUCUUACUCUAUCUUGUACAACAGAACCAGACAAGCUGUCAUUACCAACGAAUUGGUGGAUAUCAUUACUGGUGCUUCCUCUUUGGACUAA